GUUUUUGAAAUACUCGUAUAUCUAAAAUCCCAGAUGAAUUUUAUUUAUUGUGAGCAUUUGAAGCUACUGUGAAUAGUUGGAGUAUUUGAAGGAUGGCUACUUUUACAUACAUUUACAUCUUCACAUUUGUCUUUCUUUUAAGUAUAAAAGGACAAACAAGACCCGAUGAUAGUAAUUGUGCUAAAAUAGUUCAACCAUCUGAGGAUAGUCCUAGCAGCUAUAGUUCGGAUGCGUCUAGCUCUAAUAGCUCGAGUUCGGAUGGGUCUAGCUCCAGUAACUCAAGUUCGGAUGGGUCUAGCUCUAGUAGCUCAAGUUCGGAUGGAUCUAGCUCAAGUAGCUCAAGUUCAGAUGGGUCAUCCUCUAGUAACUCAAGUUCGGAUGGGUCUAGCUCAAGUAGCUCAAGUUCGAAUGGGUCUAGCUCUAGUAGCUCCAGUUCGAGCGACUCAAGUUCAAGUUCAGAUUCAGGCGAUGAAGAUAUGUCUACACAGACGGAACACGAAGAAAAUGAAGGAACAGAAGCAGACGAUAAUGAAGGAACAGAAACAGGCGAUAAUGAAGGAACAGAUGCAGGCAAUAAUGAAGCAACAGGAGCAGGAUUUAACGGAUAGGAUAGACCGUCAAAAGAGCCAUUUGUAUCUGACUUUGUCGAACAAGCUACAUAAUUAUUUAUUAAUUAAAAGAAUGGUUUGAUAAUUAAAAAUAUUAAAAUUUGCAAGGUCGAA